GAGUACUUUCUUCUCACUGUCAUGGCCUAUGACCGCUUUGUUGCCAUCUGCAGACCCCUGCACUAUGGGACCCUCCUGGGCAGCAGAGCUUGUGUCAAAAUGGCAGCAGCCGCCUGGGGUAGUGGUUUUCUCUGUGCUGUCCUGCACACUGCUAAUACAUUUUCACUACCACUCUGCCGAAGCAACAUGCUGGGGCAGUUCUUUUGUCAAAUGCCCCAGAUCCUCAAGCUGUCCUGCACAGGGUCCUACCUCAGGAAAUCUGGAGCUAUUGUGGUUACUGCCUGCUUAGGCUUUGGAUGCUACAUUUUCAUUGUGGUGUCCUAUGUGCAGAUCUUCAGAGCUGUGCUGAGGAUCCCCUCUGAGCAGGGAAGGCACAAAGCCUUUUCCAUGUGCCUCCCUCACCUGGCCGUGGUCUCCCUCUUUGUCAGCACUGUCAUAUUUGCCCAAUUGAAGCCCCUCUCCAUUUCCCAACCAAGUCUGGAUCUGCUGCUGGCCGUUUUGUACUCGGUGGUGCCUCCAACAGUGAACCCUCUCAUCUACAGCUUUAGGAAUGAGGAGCUCAAAAAUGCUAGAAGGAGACUGAUCCAAUGGGUAUAUUGUCAGCAGCAGUAA